UGGAACUUCUCCACUCGCAUGCCUGAAUGCUAUGCUGCACACCAACUCCCGUGGAGAUGAGGGAAUAUUCUAUAAAGUUCCUGGAAGGAUGGGGGUCUAUACACUGAAAAAAGAUGUUCCUGAUGGCCUGAAGGACUUGUCUGACGGCUCAGAAGAAAGCAGUGAUAUACAAUCAGAUUCUUCCACCUCAGACAGCAGCAGUAGCAGUAGCAGUGACCAGAGUAGCAACAAGGAAGGAAGAAAAAGCAGGUGGCAAAGGAAAGUAUCGGCCAGACUUUCACAAGUGUCCUCCCCACAGUCAGGCUGCCCAUCUCCUUCUAUCCCACCAGGUAAAAUCAUCUCUUCAUCUCAGAAGCACAGCAAAAAGGCACUUAAACAAGCCUUGAAGCAAAAGCAACGGAAACAGCAUCAUUGCCGAACCAGUGUGCCUGUAUCAACUAAUCACCACCUCCUACAGCAGCAUGUGAAGGUUCCUAACCAUUCUGCUCCUGCAAAAGCCGCUUGGGAAGGAAAACAGUCAGAUGGACAUUCAAGUAGCCCACAGAAUUCUACUUCUAGUUCUUCUCCCUCUGUUAAAAUUGAGCCUUCCUUGCCAAUCCUUGGGAAGAAACCAUUCCAGAGAUCUGAGAGGCUCCAUGCAAGGCAGCUGAAGAGGACAAAAUGUGCUGAAAUCGAUGUAGAAACCCCAGAAUCCAUCUUGGUGAACACCAAUCUGCGAGCUCUAAUCAACAAGCAUACAUUCAUGGGACUACCAAUUGAAUGUCAGCAGAAGCUGCUCCUGCUCCUGCCAGAGGUGGACAGGCAGAUCGGAAUGGAUGGCUUGAUGAAGCUUAGCAGUUCUGCCCUCAACAAUGAAUUCUUUAAUUCUGCUGCGCAAGGAUGGAAGGAGCGACUGUCGGAAGGGGAGUUCACUCCAGAGAUGCAGCUAAGACUACGGCAGGAACUAGAAAAGGAGAAGAAAGUGGAACUUUGGAAAGAGCACUUCUUUGAGAACUAUUAUGGUCAGAGUUCCGGCUUAAGCCUUGAAGAGUCCAAGCAAUUGACAUCUCAUAUUCCUACUGUUCAGAAUCAAGCACAGGCUGGGAAUCUAGCACCUCAGUUACAGAAAUGCAUAGUAGUCCAUAAAACAGCACCUGACAAAGAACAGACCAAUUCUCUGGUGGGUCCAAAGGUACAGGUUCUCCCAGCUGUAACAGCAGCCGCUAAAGGAGAGGAGAUUGAGCAGCCCAAGAUCUUUAAGCCAGAAGAGCGUGUAAAUUCUUCUGACAACAGUGCCUCCUUCCAGAGUAGCAGCCAGAUUCCUCAGAAGCUUUCCAACAGAGUUGAGGAGUUAAAAGAGGUGACACCACAGCCUGCUUGCCUGGAGUCCCUGGUGAGACAAAUUCCAAGCAAACCAAAGAAUGCAGCCAUUGCUGGCACUAUACCAAGCCCAGAAGUAAAAUCUCAGGAGAUUUCUGCAAAGGAGACUCCUGCCACUUGCACAGAACAAAUGGAUACUGGAAGCCGGGCUUUCAAGAGAAAAUCAGAGAUUCCUGAAGAGGCACUGAUGACACCCGAAAAACAGCUCCAUGUGACAGAAAAGUGCCCCACCAGGCUGCCUUUUCAGGGCCCACUGCAGCGCUUUCCCAUCGCGCCCACACCAAAAGUCCCUCCGCUCAGGAUCCACGUCUCCAGAAUCCAAGGAUCUCCAGCAUUACUGUCUGCUAGCCAGGUCUCUCCCAGGCCCCCCUUCCCGAUCAUCAGAAGAACAGGGGCCAGAACUUUGGCCGACGUCAAAGCCAGGGCUAGAAUGGCCAGGGCCCAGCGAGCAGCUGCUGCAGCCGAAGCAGCCACAGCAGCCUCCAUUGCUGCUUCUGCUGCCUCCUUUGUGGAAGCCAUCCCGGGGCCGGGGCCAGGAGGGGGGAAAGGAGAGGACAAGAGCAGUCCACUCUCAGGGAGGCCUCUCGGAGCUACAUUGGACAUGGCAGGCUCUGGAACCAGGACAAGUCCAAAAAGUUUUUUUCCCUCUUGCUCAGCCCCUUUCUCCCCAGCAGAUUCCCCAGCUCCAAAACCAGCAGCUACAAGCAGUGCUGCUAGAGCACAACUACAGCCGGCUCCCCCAGCACAAUCCAGAACUGCAAGCAGCAACCCAGAGAUGGAGAGGAGCGGGUCAAUCUCGCAAACAGCAAUAGGGAAUGUCAACUGUACAAAUCCCAGCCUUUUGACUGUGCCUGUCACUCAGGAUGUCACAGCUUCUUUGGGCUCAACAACUGAUCUUGCUUCCAUGAGGGAGAAACUUAGAAAUAACCCUCUUGCACUUAACCAGGUCACAAGAACAUCCUGUGCAUUUGAGACUGGAGUGAACUGCAAAAAUAUAUUGAAAACAGCUUCUACUGCCAGCACAGGCGUUUCAGAAGACAAAGCCAAUGCCUUGCUUUCUGUAUCCCUUGUGUCGGCUGGACCCUUCAAGGCACCCCCUCCCCUUUCUUCUUCUUCACCUAGCACUGUGCCCGUGUCCCCCUUACCUUCUCCUUCCCAUAACACUUUGUUGGUAGCCCGCAGCCCUAAAGUCCCCCCAGGCUCCUCAGGUUCAAGUGGAAUUACCUCUGCAGUAAAGUCCAGCUCCAGUAUACCUGCUAAUAAUCCUCUGGUGACUCAGCUGCUGCAAGGUAAAGAAGUCCCAAUGGAGCAGAUCCUCCCAAAGCCUCUGACAAGAGGUGAGAUUAAGACUGUUGCACUGCCUGUGAAGGCAGGCAAAGCAACCACAAUUGUUUCCAGGCCUGGCCCUCCAAGGGAAGGGGAAGGAAAGCUGCACGUCACUUUCCCAGCAGGUAGGAAGCCAAACCUUAGUCACUGUGGACAGUCCCAAGAUCCUUCAUCCUUAUCCUCUUUAUCAGGGCAGGACUUGUGGAGCAAACCUACAGUCCUGUACAGUAGCCAGGAAAUUUCAGGCAAGACUGCCCAAGAACAUAUUCUCCAGACUGUCAUGCCGAAAGUCCCUGUGCAGAGCCUCCCUGCUGCUCCUUCUCCCCCUCCACGUCUCCCCCUCCUCCCCCCACACUUCCCAGUAGAGAGCAGCUCCACCAGCCAAAGUUUCACACUGGGAUUCAUAGGGAGAAGGACAUUCAAGCCUGCCAUGUCUGGCCAUUACCUCCUGAAUGUUUCUACCUAUGGGCGCUGCCCAGAGAACCUAAGAAGAAACCUUGCCCUACCCCCAGAGAGCCAGCAAUGCUCAGACAAGCCCCCGAUGAAAUUAGAGGAUCAGAAGCAUAUAUCUAGAGAUGACAGUAAAAAUAAUAGUGGUGGUGAAAAUGAAGGAGACACAGAUGGCAAUGCAGCAAUAAGCCACAAGGAUGGAAGGAUUUGCUUUUUCCCAGCAGGUCAAAACUAUGCUGAAAGCAAAUCGGCAAAAGAUUUUGUUCAAGCAGCCCAGGAAAAAGUGGCCCAGACAACUAGAGGAGAAAUGAGACCUUGCAGUGGGGAACGUCAGACUUGUGCUCCAGCAAAUGUUAUUCUACAGCGGCCCCUGCUGCUUUCACCCUCACCCUCUCCUCAGCUCUUUGGAAACCCUACUCCUGCACAACUUGUUGGACCAGGCUACAGUGGCACGAUCAAUGUUUCCACUUCUCCAGACAUGCAUCAAGAUACUCUCCUGACUGGACUAUCGGACCCCAGCCGCAUAGGGGAUGUAGUGUCCUUCUCUGUAACUGUAACAACUAUCCCUGCUAGCCAGUCAGCAAAUACUGGUAGCCAUGGACAAUCUCUCCGUGGCCAGGCUUUUGCAGAAGAUGGUGGCUUGGAGGACUUGCCCUCAAAGUGCUACUGUCGCUUGAAAGCCAUGAUUGUGUGCAAAGGCUGCGGGGCCUUCUGCCAUGAUGACUGUAUUGGCCCCUCCAAGCUCUGUGUUUCCUGUCUUGUUGUGCGGUAGCAGUUUUGCUAGAUGGCAUCUUGUCUAGGGAGCAGGAGGGGCAUGCUGCUGAGUCAAGAGUCCCUAUCCUAUCCCACUCCACAUCUACUUUGUUUCCUUGAGAAUGAAGAAAGCACCUUGGAUGAAUGGCUGAACCCAGUGGGACAAGUGUGUGCACUUAAGGAAUCAUGUAAAUAUGUUGCAUUGUUUUGUCUUAAAGUU